AUGCCUUUGAGUACUGUCAUUUGCAUUGGUAUGGCCGGUUCUGGUAAGACCACUUUUAUGCAACGUCUGAACUCGCACUUGAGAAGUCAAAAGAAUACUCCAUAUGUGGUCAAUUUGGAUCCUGCAGUUUUGAGAAUUCCCUAUGGUGCCAAUAUUGAUAUCAGAGAUUCGAUUAAAUAUAAAAAGGUGAUGGAGAAUUACCAGCUGGGACCUAACGGUGCCAUCGUAACAAGUCUCAAUCUUUUCAGUACCAAGAUUGAUCAGGUUAUUAAGUUAGUCGAGAAGAAGAAGGACAAAUAUCAACACUGCAUAAUAGACACUCCCGGUCAAAUAGAGUGUUUUGUUUGGAGUGCUUCGGGCUCUAUCAUUACAGAGUCAUUUGCAUCUACAUUCCCUACGGUUAUCGCUUACAUCGUUGAUACACCAAGAAAUACUUCACCAACCACCUUCAUGAGUAAUAUGCUUUAUGCGUGCUCUAUUCUCUAUAAGACGAAGUUGCCAAUGAUCGUCGUCUUCAACAAGACAGAUGUCACUAAGGCGGACUUUGCUCGCGACUGGAUGACUGAUUUUGAAGCAUUCCAAACUGCCCUGAGAGACGAUCAGGAUUCCAAUGGUACGUCUGGAAUGGGGUCUGGAUACAUGAACUCACUAAUCAACUCUAUGUCUUUGAUGUUAGAAGAAUUUUACUCACAACUAGACAUGGUAGGUGUCUCAAGUCACACAGGUGAAGGCUUCGACGACUUCCUGAAAGCUGUCGAUGAUAAAGUUGGUGAGUAUGAAGAAUAUUAUAAAGCUGAGAGGGAGAGAAUUCUUAAGGCAAAGGAAGAGCAGGAAAAGAGAAGAAAGGAUAAGUCUCUUGACGGUUUGAUGAAGGAUCUGGCGAUCAAUAAGAAGGAAGGAACCAACAAAAACGCUGAUGAAGGUGUCGAUGUUCUCAGCGAUUUCGAAGAGGGUGAAAAUGAUGGAUUAGUUGAGAGGGAUGAGGAUGAAGAUACCGAAAGAGAAUACACAUUUCCCGGUGAGGAGAGAACACAGGGUGAAGUUAAUGACAAGAGGGCUCCAGAUCUUCAAAAGAGAUAUCAGGAGGCAUUUGAGAACAUGGCAAAGGAUGCAAGCAGUAAAACCGCAGAAAAUAUUGCAAACUAUAUAAGGCAGUAA